AUGGCGACCCAGACGAUUGCCUUUAUCGGCGCCACGGGCGGGUGCGGGCUGUCGGCGCUCAAGCGCUCCGUGGCGGCGGGCCACACGUGCAUCGCGCUCUGCCGCACGCCGGCCAAGCUGGACGCGCACUUCCCCGACAAGCCGGGCAAUCUCGUGGUCAGGCAGGGCGACGCGCACGACGCCGGCGCGGUGGCCCAGGUGCUGGUCCGGCCGUCCGGGGCAGGGGCCAUGGUGGACGCGGUCAACUUCAGCAUCGGCGGCAGCGUCAACGCCAACCUGACCAUGGACGACCCGGACGUGUGCAAGAAGGGCGUGGCGGCGCUGCUGGAGGCGCUGGGCACGCUGCGGGCGCGGGGCGUCGCCGGGAGGCCGCUGCUCGCCGUGGUCAGCACGACGGGCAUCUCGCGGCACGGGCGCGACGUGCCGCUGCUGUUCGCGCCGCUGUACCACGUCGGCCUCAGGGCGCCGCACGCCGACAAGAGGGUCGCCGAGCAGACGCUCAACGGCAGCGGCGAGCGGUUCGUGCUGGUGCGGCCGAGCCUGCUGCAGAACGGGGAGAGGCCGGACAGGCCCGUCCGCGUGCACGUCGAGGGCGACGGGGGCGUCGAGCACAGGGAGGUCGGCUACUUCAUCAGCCGGGAGGACGUGGGCCGCUGGAUGUUUGAGAACCUGCUGCAGCGCGCCGAUCGGGCCAACAGGUACGAGCGCAAGGCCGUGGGCCUGACGUGGUAG